GCGGUAGGUGGGAAUUUCUUAUCAUUUUGCCCUACGUGUCACCCACAGCGCCACACGAGGCAGGUCAAUUCGCCGGCGCCGUCGGUUGGAGCGAGCUCACCCCAAUGGCGGCCGCGCUGCUGCGCCACGUCCGGUGGCUCCUGGUCGAGCACCCCGCCGUCGCCUCCUUCCACUGGCGCCCGGGCACCACGCUCGCGGCGUCGCCGUCCUUCCCCGCCGCCGUCAUCUGCGCCUACCUCGCCACGGUGCUCCUCCUCCACCGCCGCAUCCUGCCCCUGCCGUCCCUCCCGCCGCGCGCCCUCCGCGCCGUCUCCGCGCUGCACAACUGCGUCCUCCUCGCCCUCUCCGCCGCGAUGGCCGCCGGCUGCGUGCUCUCCGCCGCGGCCACGGCGCCCUCGCCGCGCUGGGCCUUCUGCUUCCCCCCGGGCGGCGCCACGGAGGCGUCGGGCCCGGUCUUCUUCUGGGCGCACGUCUUCUACCUCUCCAAGAUGUACGAGCUCGGCGACACGCUGCUCAUCCUCCUCGCCCGCCGCCCGCUCACCCUGCUCCACGUCUACCACCACGCCCUCGUCAUCGCCAUGUGCUACCUCUGGCUCGCCACGCGCCAGUCGCUCAUGCCCGUCGCGCUCGUCACCAACGCCGCCGUGCACGUCGUCAUGUACGCCUACUACCUCUGCUGCACCCUGGGCCUCCGCUGGCCGCCGCGCUGGAAGCGCGCCGUCACCGAGCUGCAGAUCCUGCAGUUCCUCUUCAGCUUCGCCGCCUCCGUCGUCAUGCUCUGGUUCCACUUCGCCGCCGGCGGGUGCGAGGGGAUGGCCGGGUGGGCGUUCAACGCCGUCUUCAACGCCUCCCUGCUCGCGCUCUUCCUCGACUUCCACGGCGCCGCCUACGCCGCCAAGGCCAAGGCCAACAAGACCAACAUCAACAAUGGCAAUGGCAAUGGCAAUGGGGGGAAAUCAGAGUGACGUACAAGGGGACUUCUUUUUAGAUUACACAGAUUUCUCCAGGCCUGUUUGAUUUGUGGUGAAAUGCAUUGGCCUUCCAUUUUUGACAAUUCUAGUUUUUGAAAUUUACUAAAUCAUCAAGAUGUUCAGGCAGCAGUCGAAUGGCAAUAGCAUCUUUGAUUGAUUCC